AAUCACGCAUCCCGGAUGCCCGGAUUGGUCCCGGAAAUGAAUAAUUAGGGUUGCACUCGUGUUUUUACAAGUGUUGUGUUUGGAAAAUUGGUCCGUGUUAUGUAAGUCGUCGUUUUACGCCUUUACGCGAGGUUUUGUUGAGUAAUAAUUCGGUUUUUUGCGUGUUUACAUUGUGAUAAUUUUGAGGAAAGGCAAAAUGGCCACGACUGAGCAGUUUUCGUUGCGUUGGAAUAAUUUUCAUUCUAACCUCACUGCGGGCUUCCACGAAUUGCUGGAGUCCUCGGAAAUGGUCGAUGUUACGUUGGCUGUGGAAGGGCAUUUUUUUCAAGCGCAUAAAGUCGUCCUCUCGAUAUGUAGUCCCUAUUUCAAGCAAAUGUUUAAAGUUAAUCCGUGCAAACACCCCAUUGUUAUCCUCAAGGACGUUGCUCAUGAUAACAUGAAGGACAUCCUGGAGUUCAUGUACAUGGGGGAAGUGAAUGUUCUCAGGGAGAAUUUGGCCACGUUUCUGCGCACGGCGGAACUACUCCAAGUCAAGGGAUUGACGGGAGAUGACUCGAGUGAGACAUCGUCCCGCAAAGACGACAAAUCGGAGUCGAUCGCCGAUAACGACGACGACACCGACUUGUCUCAAUUCAACCACCUGAUAGACUCAGACGUGGAGUUACCGCCCUAUGCAACCUCUAGAGUUCCUACGCCGCCCCCAAAUAUCAAACGUCAAGCCAAAUCGUCGAUCCAAAAUUUAAGUAAUAAACGAGCCAAAUCCGAGUCAUUGCCUAAGACGAUAAAAAUGGAAACUGAAAGCAAUACGACCCAAAAUGACGAAAACGACUUUGCUGAUUCUACCCUCAAGUCUGAAAAAACUGCAACUGAACUGGACGAAGCCAAAGAUAACUUGAAACAGAUUUUAGAAAAUAAUUUUACAAGUGUUCCUAACACUGAAGGAAACUUAAGCGAUCAAGCCACUUGUCUCACUUGUGGAAAAGUGAUGCGAAAAAGCAGUAUAAGAAGACACAUGAUCGAUGUUCAUUUUCCAACACAACAAUUGCCCUGUGAUUUAUGCCAUAAACUAUUUAAAACAGCAAAUAGUCUAACGACACAUCUCAUUACCAUUCAUAGACAAUUGAAGUCGGAUAGACACAGAAUUAAACAACUCGAGAAAUGUGAUAAACUGUACUGAAAAAUCAGACAAUAAUUGUUGAAUUGUGAUAUUUUAUAUUGCUUAUGAAAUUUGUUGAAGAGAAAUGUUUUUGAUUCAUUUAUAAGAGGUGGGGUUUGAUUUUUGACAAUUUCACUCACAACUUUAGAGUAUUUUUUAUACAGGGUAAAUAUUUAAUUACACAUUGAGUUAUUUAUUUUUUUAAUUUUACAGUUUAACACAUUUUGUGUAUACGGUGAUUCAAAUAAGAUGCGUGAUUAUAAGAAUAAAUUGAGGAAAAUAGAAAAGAUUUUUAUUAAGUAAAAGUGCCUCGUUAUGAAUUAAAAAUCAGGGCUCAUCUUGGCAUAUCAUCAUGACUCCUCCUGUAUCAUAGUUUCCAAAUAAACUUCCACCACUAACAAUUGUGUUUUAAUUUGCCUAUCUAACAACUUUCUGGUCGCAAAACUCGGACUGUCCGAAGUAAGAAUAGUCGCAUGUUGUGCACACCGCAGCCGAUUUGCAAUUAAUUUUGUUGA